UAUUCAAGUGGAUACGGACCGUAUCCACAAUGGAAUAUUUAAGCUUUAAUUUUUCAAGCAAAUCGCUUACUUUAAAGAAACGAGAUACUCUUCUAAAACCAGCGGCAAAGGAGGUCCGAAUUAAAGUCGAAUAUUCCGGGAUUUGUGGGACAGAUCUUCAUAUUUUGGAAGGAAGCUUUCCCUGUAGAGAGGAUGGGCCUCUGACUCUUGGGCACGAGUUUGUAGGUACUAUCGAUGAACUCGGAUCGGAAGUGACCACCUUGAAAAUCGGUCAACGUGUAGCUGUCGAUCCUAAUAAUGGAUGCUACAAAUGCGAUCAUUGUCACAACGCGAAUUAUCAUUAUUGUACAUAUGGUGGUAUAAAUAAUACCAUAGGUAUUUUCAAAGAUGGUGGGUGGGCUACGCACGCGCUUGUCCUAGAAACACAGGUAUACUUAAUCCCGGAUGAAAUUGAAAUGCAUCAAGCAGUGUUGAGUGAGCCGUUGUCGUGCAUGGCUCACGGCUGGGAUAAAAUCAAUCCUGUAACUAUAGGAAACAAGGUUCUGGUAAUGGGCGCUGGCAUUAUAGGUUUAUUAUGGGCUAGUCUAUUUCAUUUGCACGGCCUCAGAAAGACUGUCACUAUCAGUGAACCGCAACAAAGACGAAGAGAACUUGCUUCCAAUCUUGGUCUCGAUUAUAAAGUUAAAAGUCCGACGGAAGUAAAAGAGGAGUUUGAUUUAGCUGUGGAUUGCUGUGGCAGUGCUCCAGCGAUGGAAAUGGCCAUGUCUUUGCUAGGUCAUGGUGGUCGUUUAUGCGUAUUUGGUGUCGCUAAUCCGAAAGCAAAAGUAUCAAUUGAACCAUUUCAGGUUUACAAAAAGGAGUUGAGCAUCAUAGGCGUAAUUAUAAAUCCCUUCUGUUUUUCUAAAGGAUUAGCUUUGGUGCAAACAAUGUCUGAAAAAUAUCUUAACUACAAUAAAUUAGGGAUCAAAGUAUUUUCUUUGUCUCAAUACAAAGAAGCCCUCGACGCAUUGAAGAAAGGGGACAUAAGCAAAGCCGUUUUCAAGUUAUAAAACAGUUUUGUUUGUAUUAACGAGUUUCUGUAUAUGUAACAAAAACAGA